AUGAUUGCGGUACGGUACGGAGAUGGGGCCACCAUUACCUGAAAACUGAAAAGUGUGAGCUGUAACUUCAAACACAUGAUAAGUGAGCAUGAAUAAACGAAAUAAACAGAAAAGUUCAAAGGCCAGUCCAUUGUGCAAAAAGCAGCGAUCAAACAAAAAACGGUUUCAAUAUUUAUUGCGCACCCUGUAUUUUUGAAUUAUCUCAUAUUUUGAAUUAUCAAUUAAUCCCCCAAUCAUCUUCUCGAGCAAACAACUAUCAUUCUGUAAAAAUUGAAAUAGCUCACAAAAAAAUCUCAAAAAGGUCUUUUUUUAUUUUAAGCUUGGAAUUUCCUGAAAAUUGGUCAGAACACUCCUUGAUGUACCAGAAAAAGGGGAAAGUUUCAACAUGCACAACAUUUAAUUUUUUGAGAAAAGACACCUCAAAGUCAAAGAAAAUCCUCAAAAUCUGUUGAAAUAAGCCUUUUUGGGUCUUGGAGCCCUUAUUUCUCGAAAACUAGGGAGUUGUGUAGGCUAAGACUUCCGGGAUCUUCAUUUUUUCAUCAAAAUAAGAUCUGGUCGAUUUUCAAGAAGUUCUGAACCCUAAAGUAAAAUGACCUUCGUUGUCAGAUUUGGAAUUUUAGAGACGUUUCGAGCGGCCGCGUGGUUUUGGCCUGCGACUCUGUGCUAUGGACGAUGAAAUUGUUGGAUUAUAUGAGCGUCCAUCCGAGACUCGGUCCCUACAUCACGAUGGCCGGAAAAAUGGUGAUUUCAAGUCCAUAGAAUGAAUAUUUUAUAUUUCACCCAAUAAUUACAAAUAUGAGCUAUUUUCAUAGAUUUUUUUGAAAGUUUUUUUCUUUUCGUUAGUUUUUCCGAUCAAAAAGAGCUUGAAGAUUCUUGAUUUCAUCUUUUUUCAAUGUUAAGAAUUCAAAUAAAAAAGAAAGUGAAAUUUGAUAAUAGAAGUACGAAAAAUUGGAAAAAGCUCCCUGAAUAGAUUGGUUUUUGAUAAAACACACAUUUAUGAAUAGCUAUUCAAAAACGAAAGGGAGGAAAAAGAACGAAAUAACCAUAUUUCGUCUGUUUUAGAUAAUGAGCAUGUCGUACAUCAUUGUGAUGCUGGUCGUCGCCCUUCUAUCCUUUGGAUUGGCCCGACAAAGUAUCACGUUCCCCAACGAGAACUGGCACUGGAUCCUGGUGCGGAACAUCUUUCUCAAACCGUACUUCAUGCUCUACGGAGAAGUCUACGCUGAUGAGAUUGACACCUGCGGUGAUGAAGGUACGGAUUCAGAGCUUUCAGAGCGGGUUUCCCAAUAAAAGCGUUAGAAGUAAAUUUACCGAUUUCGAAAUUGACGACUCUUUCGUUCAAAAUAAAUACGUGAAAUAUGCAAACUUGUGAGCCUACUCUUCGAAACUUUGCUGGAGAACAAAGCGUUUAUUCAGAGAGAGAGAGAAAAAAACUAUUUGAACGUAGACGGGGCAUUUCGGAAAUCGUCGGAAAAGUUUUGUCUUCAAAAAAUUCUGCAAAUGAGUUCAAUAUUUCGGAAUUUCGUACUCAAAAGUCGCUAUGGCGAUUCAGGUCCUAAUUUUUUCCACCGCUUCUGAAAAAAAAGGAUGCGAAAGUGAUAAAAUGGUCAUAGCGCGCAAGAUUAGAAAGUAAGUAUCAAUAAGAAGUUGUAUUUAAGCCUGGGACCAGCACCUGGAAAAUGGCGGACCAGUGAUGAUGGGCAACGCGACGACGGGUUUGAACUGCGUACCUGGUUAUUGGAUUCCACCUGUCCUGAUGACCUUCUUCCUGCUCAUCGCCAAUAUACUGCUCAUGAGCAUGUUGAUCGCCAUUUUCAAGUGAUUUGUAAAUUUUAGUACUGAUUUUAUUCACUGUUUCAGUCACAUUUUCGAUCAGACGGAUGAGAUCGCCCAGCAGAUCUGGCUCUUCCAACGGUAUCGGCAGGUGAAUUGGGAUUUAGGGAAGAAAUUGCACAGGAAUAUAAAGUAAGAGCUUAAAAAAGUUCUGCUAAAGAAUGAGCUUACCGAAUAAAAGAAAAAAACAGAAUGAUAGAAAAAAAGAUCUAUCUGUUUUUUGGUCUGUACAAAUCGGAUUCAACUACUGAUAUUUUUGAAAUUUGAAAUGUGAAAUUAGAAACCUGGCUUAGGUCCGUUUUGAAACUGAUAAAUUUUGAAGCUUUAAAUUAAAAAUUUAGAGUGCGGUAUGCUUUUUUUCUGCUUUUUAACCCUUAAAGUUUCUUCUUUUAACGUUUUUUUCCGAUCAUAUAGAGCGUGUAAACUACGUAAGCGCAAAACUGUAUAAAUGGAACACAAGUAGAGGAAUUUUCGGAAAAAAAAAAAUUCGAAUUGUCAUUAAAUUGUGUGAGAGCUUGAUAAGAAGUGUAUCUUUUUUUGAAAUAAACAAUUAAGGAAAUUAAUGAAUAAAUAAUUAAUUGAAGGUGAUGGAAUACGAAAGUACGCCAUUUUUGCCGCCACCCUUCACGCCACUAUACCAUGCCUACAUGCUCAUCAAACUCGUUCAUUGGCGGCUGACGAAAAAUAAAGAUUCCAAGGAUUUGGACGAAAAGCGAGACCUUUUCGACUUCUCACUGAGUUUUCAUAUAAUCCAAAAAUGGAAUUUUAAGAGGCGGUUUUCAGAACUUUUCCUGAACGACGACCAGGUUGAGAAGCUGCACGACUUCGAGGAAGACUGUAUGGAGGAUUUGGCUCGGCAAAAGGAGCUCGAGAAAAAUACGAGCAGUGAACAGAGGAUCCUGAGGACUGAUCAAAGGUUAAAAGCUGGGAAAAAAUGAACUUCGCGAUUGAGAAACAUCAAAAAACUACGGAGUAGUAGACUUCCUUUUUUCGGACCUCGGUAACGAAAAGCGCACGAACUCUGCACGUUUCUGAACAACUCUAGGAUUGCUCAAAAGUGUUGACGCUACUAAAGUGGUUGAGACAUUUUUUGGCUCAAAAAUAGGCUGGGAAAAAUAGAAACUUUUAUUGAAAAUGAAAAUUUUCUUUUUUAGAACUGAUCAAAUCUUGAAUCGGAUGGUGGACCUGCAAACAAAGGAAACGAUGGCUCGUGAGGCGAUCAACGAUAUCGAUGGUCGGCUUGGCGCGUUGGAGAAAAACCAGGUAAAUAAAUCUGAACCACGACUUUCAAAAAGAUACAACUAAAGCCACUACUGGCACACAAUUAUUAUCCAUAAAUAACUUCUUAUUCGGGCUUUUAUACCCCAUUUGGUGAAGUAAUAAUAAUUCUGACAUGUCUGCGCUCACUUUUCUCUUUCCGGAAAGGUCUGAGAAACAUGGAAAGAGCACGUGAAAAUGAAGAAAAGUGAUGAAAGAAGUAUCAACUUCAACGUUUCGAAAUUCCAGACUGAAAUCCUGGAGUACCUCCGAACUCUGGUCGCUUUCAACGCAGCGCAGCAAACUUCUCUGCAACCGACCUUCCAACAGGCACGCCACAGUCCCACUCCCGAUCAGAAUACUCAGCAUCUUCGACUUCCUGAAGUCUGAACCGGGAAAAAGCGAAAAAAGAACAAAAAGGUCUUGUAGAACCAAUCGACGAUAGCUGGCGCCUUGUCGGAAGAACGGCUCAAUGCCCCGAUGAGCGUCAGAAGAGUAAGGACCUCGACGAUCUGCGCCAUGUCGUCGGAAGAGCCGACGCUGCUCUCGCCGAGGUCCGCCGGCGCUACGGCCGCUUCCGCCGCCGUUACGGACGCCGUCCGCUUGGCCAGCGUCGCUUCGAUGGAUCAGCUGCCGAUGUCCGUCAUGUCCAAGCUGUUAGUCUUGAACUUUUUUUUUUAUUAUUUCUUGAAUUAAAGCCUCUUUAGUGAUUUAUUCAGAUGACCUGUUUGAAAUGAGCUUUGGAUCAUUUAGAAGCUCUUAGUAUUGAAUUUGUUUCAGUUAUACUAAACUUUGAAGAUUAACUUCAAAUUUAUCGAAAAAUAAACUUCAAGAACUUCAUACUGGAACCAGGUUUUCAAUAAUUAAAAAAUAGUGAACGAUUGAUUGAUUGAUUGAUUUUGACAACGACCUUUAAGCUAUGAAAACUUAGCUGCGGGAAAUUUAGAGACAUUUCCGAAAAAAAACGAAAUAGUGAAACAAGAAAACUUUGGACGAAUCUCACCAUUUCUAGAAGCACGGUAUCGACCCGAAGAAAUCAGCGACAUGAGGAAUAUACUUCGAUAACUGACUCCAUUGCGGUUUGCGUGUUCGACCGACGUCUGAAGACCAGGUCUCACAGCAGUGAGCAGGUGAGAAUUAGAAACGAGUUUUGAAAAAAUAGGGCGUUUUUAUACUUUUCGUUAACUUUGACAAACAAAGUCGAUAAGAUAAAUAGAGUUCGUCAUAAGUUUUUUCUGCUUCUCAAUUUUCAUUGGUUAAGUUUGAACAGCUGGAGACGAGGCUGAAUUUAGGAAUUCAGGAUUUUUCAAAGAUUUUCUUCCAACAGUGAUCAGCUGAAAUGCGAAAAAUGAAAAGGAAGAGUUUUUUUUUCUUAGGAUUCUGUGCCCCAAAGCGAGAUCGACGAGGAGAAGACGAUGUCCCCGAGGAAAAGGUCAAUGAUCGCCCUGCCUCAUCAUCCGGAGCUCGACGAAGCCGAUAAUUCGACUUUUGAAGAGGUUUGGGGAGAGAACAGGCGGUGGUUCAAACAAAACUUGGAAAAAUUGCUUAUUUGCUGCUUAUUUGUAGCUUUGGACAUCAGGUGUGCUAAAUUUGCUUUUUUUCGAAACGUUUCUCGAAGACCGCGAAUAUGAACGAUAUAAAUUCAGAAAAUUUAAUUUUUUUUUUUCAAUCUUCUUGUUAUAGUUUAUCUGCUUUUAAUUUCCAUAUAAACCCGAAAAUUCUCAGGAGAUUUCUCGGCUGGCACGAGAUGAGGAAGGCCACGCGGACUGUGAACUGACUGACGUCGACCUCGAAGACGACGAGGAGGAGGAGGAGGAAGACCAGAUCAACGCUUCGGAACUCGUUUCUGACGCUGAUGAUGACGUCGUCGAAGGCCGACCUCAUGCUCAGACCUUGGCCAGUAUCGCUUCCAAGGUUCUUUUUCUUUUUCUCUUACAAGUUAACUUUUUUUAGCUCCCGGUUGAGCUCCUGGUGGAAUUUAGCGAUAGUAUGUUUUAAGACCCCCUGAUUCCAGAAAAUUGAAUUUAAAAAAAAACAUGUGAACAAUGAUUCCUUUUUACACCACAAUUUUUCAAAUAUGAAUUUUGGAAAACGUGAAAAAUGGGCUUCAGAUCUAAUAAUGUGAUAAAAACGAAUUUCAAAAAAAAGAAAGAAGCUCACACAGAGAGCAGCUAUGAGGAAUCUGAAACUAGACUUUCAGAGAAUGUUUCAGCAAAUUUUGAAUUUUCCAAGCUUCACACGCUUCUCUCUUUUUAGCAAUUAUUCUUUUAUUCUUUGUAAAAAAAGAAUUCGACCCUUUGACAAAAAAUUUCAUAUAGGCCUGCUCAAAAAUGUUCCAUAGAAAGUUUGAAGGAGUUUUUUCGUGAAAAUUUAAAGGCAUAGGGGCAGUAAAAAAUGGGGUUUCAGGUAAAAGCAGUAUCUUAUAUAGUUUUUCUUUGCGAAUCGAAUGGUGUACUCGAAAAAAUUACAGAUGUGACAACUCUAGAAGAAAAACGCGAUUUCACUUUCCCGCCUUUUAUUUUGAAAAAAGCUUUGGAUCGGUGCUCAGACAACUGAUUACAGUAGCUGUGCACGCGAUGUUGCGGACGUCUCAUUAGACUCGCAUUUCGUGAGAAAUAACCGAAUAUCGGCUUCAAAUAGAAGGUUUCUACUCUGAAAAAUCGAUUAAGAAAACAAAAAAACACACACCGAUAAUAAAGGAAACACAAAAAUCGCAAUCCUAAUCGAAACCCGUGUAAAAUCAUCGGUGGUAUGAAAAAAACACCGGCGAAAAUUCAAACGGCGACUUUUCCGAUUUUUUCAUAUCGCUAGGGAACUUUCCGAUGGCCACCUUUCCGACGAAACUUUUUCCGACUUUUUUUUCUCAAUAAACUCUUCGUUUUACAUCUUCCUAUAUAAAGUAGGUAGUUUGUUCAUAAUUAAAACACAAAGAAAUAUGAAAAAAAUGUUCAUAGAUGUUUUUAACCGAAAAGCAUAAGGGAAAAAAAGUCGGAAAAAAAGUUUCGUCGGAAAGGUGGCCGUCGGAAAGUUCCCUAGCGAAAUGAAAAAAAUCGGAAAAAGUCGCCGUUUGAAUUUUCGCUGGUGUUUUUUUCAUACCACCAAAUCAUCAUUUUUUUACCAGAAACGUAUUUUUUUGCGAUUAAAGUUGUAAACUAUACAUGAAUAGAAAGUUUUUUUGUGACGAAAAGAACUUUAAUAACAACAGAAAAAAUUGAAAUUUGAAAGAAACGAAGAAAAAAGCGAAUAUCCGGAAGAUGGCGAAGCCUGUUGUCCAUAGAGCAACUUUACUGCAAAGCGCCCUUUUCGCGGGAACUCAAACUUUCCUCUCUCCGACUUUAAACUAUUUUUUCUCCAAAACUAGGAAGCUUGGUACGUUUCCAAGUUUACCGUUCCAUUCGCAAUGAAAAUCUCUACAAAGUAGUGCUUUGAACUCAAACAUCAUUUUUUACUGCCCCUAUGCCUUUAAAAAUUUUGUUGUCAGGCGUCUCUAAGAUAAUUCGAAAGCUAUUGAUGUUUUACUGAGUUUAUUAUAUUCCAGAUGUCCCUGCAAGUUGUCGACGAAACCGGCGACGGUCAUCAUCCUUCGCCUCAGAUUUUCUCACCAUCUGCCGAUGCUUCCCCGCAACUUGUUCAUAGACGUCGAUCUCGAUCUCCUUGA